AACAAUACUUGAUGGUAUUCUAUGACUGUUAAAUUUGAAAACGCAUGUGCGUGAAGUAUUCCUUGAGAAUUGCGUGUUGUAGUUCUUUAUUUAUUUUACAAAUACAAUGGAAGAGUCUGACAGUGAGCUUCAAGAGGCAUUCUCCAAAGGUCUUUUAAAGCCUGGCUUGAACACAGUUACAACAUUUGUCAAGAGGGAGUUCAAGAAUAAUGUUGCCGAGCUAAAGAGGAAGCUGGCGGAGAUGAAGCUGGCACUGCCAUGGGCAGAGCGCUUGGAUCUCGUCAACAAACCGGCACCUCUUGCACCUGAGCUCGCGUUCAAAAUGGGGGAGGAAGAGCGUGCACGAGAGGUUCAGCUCCGCAACAUGAACCGCAACCGCCCCGUUGCUGAUCUGAGUGCGGACCCUGUGCUCAACGACCUCAAGCGGGAGACCCUGUUCUACCGACAGGCACAGGCGGCCGUGCUCGAAGGGAUCCCCCGCCUCAAGGCAUUGGGCGUGCCCACGCGCCGUCCUGACGACUACCUUGCUCAGAUGGCUAAGACUGACGCGCACAUGCAAAAGGUGCGCAAGGUGCUGCAGAAGAAGCAGGCGGCAGUGGUUCUCAGCGAGCGAGCGCGCAAGCAACGACAGCUGCGCAAGCUCGGCAAGCAGAUCCAGAUUGAGACGAAGCUGAGGCGCGAUAAGGAGAAGCGCGAGCUGAGGGAGGAGGUGAAGAAGUACCGCAAGGGCGUGCGCACGGACCUGGACUUCCUAGAGGCAAACCCCAAACGUGCCAUUGGCAAGGGGUCCGGCGGCAGGGGGCCAGGCCAGAAAGGACCUGCCAGCAAAAAGGCAGAGGCGAAGCAGAAGUACAAGAGCAAGAAGUUUGGGUUCGGCGGCAAGAAACGCGGCGGCAAGGUGAACACUCGAGCGAGCGCGGCGGAUGUGUCGGAGUACACGCGGCCCAAGGGCGGUCCCAGAGGUGGGGCCAAGGGCAAGGCACGCCAGCAGCGGCCGGGUAAAAGCAAGCGCAUCAAGAUGAAGUCCAAGAAGAAGUAACGAUGACCUUCCUUGGUUUUCCCGUAGCUGCUUCUCCAGUUGCCGGAACAAUAACUGUUUAUAAAAUGUACUAUAAAAUAUUUUUUGUCAUUAAAUGUUACAGGUUUGAAUAUAUUUCUCAGGGCUGUGUUGGUGGCAGAUGUUCACCAAAUUUUUUGAAUGGCAAUUGGGAUGAGGUAAAAAAAAAUGCAGUAAAAAUAUUCAAUGCUAACUAAUUUAAUAGAAUUAAAAUAUUCAAAACUGACAUUUCAGGGCUUUUGGCGAUUUUCAAGACUGCUUCAUGUAUCAUUUUUCUUUGGAAAUUUGUUUAUUUUGGUAGUCAGACAGAUGCGAACUUUUUUUAACCUGAUAUUUCCUUCAACCUAUAAUAAGAAAAAAAAAUAUUAAGUUUUGAUUUUCAAAUUAAUUUUCUGAAUGAAUUAUUUUUUACAUCAGAAAAGUACAAUAAAUUUAUGUUAAGAAAGUUACCUGCCUAAUAUAAUUCAAAAUUUAGCACCUGACCAAUGAAUACAAUUAUAUCCUUUUAAUAAAAUUUACGUUAAUACAUAUAAAUUUUUAACUUUAUUGUGAAUCUUCUUAGCAGGGAUUUAUUAUUUCAUAUUCUAACAAAGUAAGAAAUAGGUAAGUUAGUACAUUGGAUAUGAAUGAAACCAUAGUGUUUUUUUUUUUUCAGGCAACAUCAGAAGUAUACAAAUAAAUGUAACCCAUUUUAUGGUUCCUUUAACAUUUUUAUGCAGAAAUAAAACCGUAUGUAAUAACAGUUUGGAAAUUGGGAACUGUAACUAAUAAGUACAGUAGAACACUGUUAUAAUGGUCCUGUUUAUUAUGUUUUCAUGUGUAUGAUUUUUAACGAAUUAUGCAUUUUCUGGUUAUAAUUAUUUGUUUUAUAAAAAUUCAAGAAAUGCAAAAAAAAAUUGUGAAGACCUCUGUAUAUUUUAUAUAUCAAAGGUCACCUAUGUUCACAGCUGUGUGUCUUUUGGCGCCUUUGCCUUUUGUCUGGUGAGUUUUCAGAUGUACAUACAUAGUUCUACAGUAUUUUAGUUUUUCAACCAUUCCAUGAUGGCACAAUAAAAAAUCAUAAAGCUUUCAUUAUUGCUUA